UCUCAUUGUUAGUCUUUUUAUGGGGCUUCUCCUCCGAGUUCAGAACAAAAGAAGAAAAAAAAAAAAAGGGUUUCACACUUUGUCCGAUCUUUCACAGUGAACUCUUCAAUUUUCGAUUCUCUUUUUCUUGCACCACCCUCUCCUUUCUUCUUCUUCUUCUUCUUCUUCUUCUUCAAACACCUUCACCAUUUGCAUACCACUUAGCUCCAAAAACCCAUUUCUGUUUCUUUCUGUUGAUUUGAUGGAUCCGCAGAUCUAAUGAUUUCACACACUUUCCUCACUACGGAUCAUUGUCUUCUUCAUCUGGGGCACCCCAAUAGCUUCUUCUAAUCGACAGUCCAAUUUUGUUGGUUUGUGGUGGAUCAUCUUCGUCGUUGUGGUGACUAGUGAGGAGUGCAGGACUAUACCUAUCUAUAUAGUGUAUGAAAAUUCAGGGGGGUGAAGUCGUUUUUGGAGUAGUUGAUAAAUGUUGAAAUCCUUGACGGUUGUUUGGUGAAAUGAGGGAUGUUAUCGGGGUUGAUGAACUUAUUGAGGGCCUGCUUUCGGCCGGGUUCAGAUGGAUUUACACUUGCAGGUUCGGAUGCUGGAGGUAGACAGGAUGGACUGUUGUGGUACAAGGACUCGGGGCAGCACUUGAGUGGUGAAUUUUCAAUGGCUGUAAUCCAAGCCAAUAACUUGCUGGAAGAUCAGAGCCAGAUUGAAUCAGGCUGUUUGAGCUCCAAUGAGUCUGGCCCUUACGGUACCUUCGUCGGUAUCUAUGAUGGCCAUGGAGGGCCCGAGACAUCGCGGUUUAUCAAUGAUCACCUAUUUCACCAUCUCAAGAGAUUUACUUCAGAGCAACAAUCAAUGUCGGUGGAUGUAAUUCGCAAGGCACUCCAAGCAACAGAAGAGGGGUUUAUUUCAGUGGUUGCCAGACAGUUUUCUCUGUCACCACAAAUUGCGGCUGUUGGGUCAUGCUGUCUUGUUGGUGUUAUUUGUAAUGGAACCCUUUACAUAGCAAACCUUGGGGAUUCCCGGGCUGUUUUGGGAAGAGCAGUCAAGGCAACUGGCGAGGUUUUAGCCAUGCAAUUAUCAGCAGAGCACAAUGCAUCGAUAGAGUCUGUAAGACAGGAGCUGCAUGCUUCGCAUCCUGAUGACCCAAAUAUUGUGGUUUUAAAGCAUAAUGUAUGGCGUGUGAAGGGCCUUAUUCAAGUUUCUAGAUCUAUUGGUGAUGUAUAUUUGAAAAAGGCCGAGUUCAAUAGAGAACCACUAUAUGCUAAGUUUCGACUUCGUGAACCAUACAAGAUGCCAAUACUAAGCUCAGAACCAUCAAUAUCAGUGCAUCAUUUGCAGCCACAUGAUCAAUUUAUUAUAUUUGCUUCUGAUGGACUCUGGGAGCACCUCAGCAAUCAAGAAGCAGUUGAUAUAGUUCAAAACAGUCCCCGCAGUGGAAGCGCUAGGAGGCUGGUAAAAGCUGCGCUUCAAGAAGCUGCAAAGAAGAGAGAAAUGAGAUAUUCAGAUUUAAAGAAAAUUGAUCGCGGAGUUCGUCGUCAUUUCCAUGAUGAUACCACGGUGAUUGUUGUGUAUCUUGACUCAAAUCUCGUGAGUAGGGCCAGCACUGUGAAGUUCCCUGGCAUUUCUGUUAGAGGGGGUGGUAUUAACCUGCCUCAUAACACACUGGCACCUUGUACCACACCAACAGAGAUUGGUGGUACCUGAUCUAAGUUGUAUCUUUUAUCUUCUUCUUUGUUGUAUCAUUUUCUUGUGUGAAUACCAGUUAUCUUCAAAAUAGCACUGAGAGGAGCAGCACUUCAAUUCUUUGAAUGUGAACUGUAACUUACUAGGAUACUAAUACUCAUGUUUAGGUUUUUUUUCUUUUUUGUUUUCCCUUCCCCUCAAAACCAAAAGAACAGAAGAGAUCUUCUGAUGACCAUUAUAAGAGUUGCCUCGGCACCAUUUUAUCUUUUUUUUUUCUUUCUUUCUUUGUACCAUUUCACUGUUUAUGUCGGUAACUUUGGUCUUACAGAUUGUGAUGUGGGAAGUGUUGCUGUAUUGCUGAGGAUGUUCUUAGUCAUAGAUAAUGCAAUCAAUGCAUUUAGGUGUUGGAGAGGAGAGAGGAAAAUCGUCAUGUAAAUGCACGAUGUAGAUUAUGCAUGAUGUAAUGUUAAAUGAGUAUUCAUUGUCA